GGGAGGUGUUCAGUUGUCUCUCAUCCACUCUCAAACCUCACCCAUUGUUCCCUGACUAAACCCCAGAGAUCUAGCUGUGGCCUGUACAUCAUACCCGACUCAUCUCUCAACAUCCUCUCCCCUGUUAUCUCUCUCUCCUCUCUGCUCUCCAUAAAUGUCAGUGACCUUACUUCACUACUAAGCCUCUCUCACUCUCACUACUGCCCUCGGCAGAAUGCCGCAUCUCAAGCUAUUCUUCUUACUCCUAUCAAUCUUCUUCACAUCAUCUCUAGCAGCCAAUGUCACCUACGAUCGGCGCUCUCUCAUCAUCGGCGGCCAGAGGAAGCUCCUCAUAUCUGCCUCCAUUCAUUAUCCUCGUAGUGUUCCUGGGAUGUGGCCGGGACUGGUUAAAACAGCCAAGGAAGGAGGGAUCGAUGUGAUUGAAACAUAUGUGUUCUGGAAUGGCCAUGAACUUUCUCCAGACAAUUAUUACUUUGGGGGACGGUACGAUCUUCUCAAGUUUGUGAAGAUUGUUCAGCAGGCUAGGAUGUAUUUGAUUCUCCGUGUUGGUCCAUUUGUUGCAGCAGAAUGGAAUUUCGGUGGGGUUCCUGUUUGGUUGCAUUAUGUGCCUGGAACUGUCUUCCGGACCAAUAGCGAACCCUUCAAGUAUCACAUGCAGAAGUUCAUGACGCUCAUAGUGAACAUAAUGAAGAAAGAGAAGCUUUUUGCAUCUCAAGGGGGCCCCAUAAUCCUGGCACAGGUAGAAAAUGAAUAUGGAGACACUGAAAGAAUUUAUGGAGAUGGAGGAAAGCCAUAUGCCAUGUGGGCUGCCAACAUGGCUCUUUCUCAGAACAUAGGUGUACCUUGGAUAAUGUGCCAGCAGUAUGAUGCUCCUGAUCCUGUGAUCAACACUUGUAACUCAUUCUAUUGUGACCAAUUCACACCAAAUUCUCCAAACAAGCCUAAAAUGUGGACUGAAAAUUGGCCUGGAUGGUUUAAAACAUUUGGGGCACCGGAUCCUCACCGACCACAUGAAGAUAUUGCUUUUUCUGUUGCUCGUUUUUUCCAGAAAGGUGGAAGUCUACAGAAUUACUACAUGUAUCAUGGUGGUACAAAUUUUGGUCGCACAUCAGGUGGACCAUUCAUCACAACUAGUUACGAUUAUAAUGCACCAAUUGAUGAAUAUGGUUUAGCCAGGCUUCCAAAAUGGGGACAUCUUAAGGAGCUUCAUAGAGCUAUAAAGUCAUGUGAGCAUGUAUUGCUCUAUGGUGAGCCAAUUAAUUUGUCACUAGGUCCUUCACAAGAGGUCGAUGUCUAUACAGAUUCCUCAGGAGGGUGUGCUGCCUUUAUCUCUAAUGUGGAUGAAAAGGAGGACAAGAUAAUAGUGUUUCAAAAUGUUUCCUAUCAUGUGCCAGCAUGGUCUGUUAGCAUUCUACCAGACUGCAAGAAUGUUGUAUUUAACACAGCUAAGGUUGGAUCUCAAACUUCACAAGUUGAAAUGGUACCAGAAGAGUUGCAGCCCUCGCUUGUACCGUCAAAUAAAGACUUGAAAGGUCUUCAAUGGGAAACAUUUGUUGAGAAAGCUGGGAUCUGGGGUGAAGCUGACUUUGUUAAAAAUGGUUUUGUUGAUCACAUCAAUACCACAAAAGACACUACAGACUACCUCUGGUACACUGUAAGUUUAACUGUUGGUGAAAGUGAAAAUUUCUUGAAGGAGAUAAGCCAACCAGUUCUCCUAGUUGAAUCAAAGGGUCAUGCUCUCCAUGCUUUUGUGAACCAAAAACUUCAAGGUAGUGCAUCUGGAAAUGGAUCACAUUCACCCUUCAAAUUUGAGUGUCCCAUUUCUCUCAAGGCAGGAAAGAAUGAUAUUGCUCUUUUGAGCAUGACUGUUGGCCUACAAAAUGCAGGACCAUUUUAUGAAUGGGUUGGAGCUGGAUUAACAAGUGUAAAGAUUAAGGGUUUAAAUAAUGGAAUAAUGGACUUGUCUACAUAUACUUGGACCUACAAGAUUGGAUUGCAAGGAGAACACCUACUGAUAUACAAACCAGAGGGUUCGAAUAGUGUCAAAUGGUUGUCAACCCCAGAACCCCCAAAGCAGCAGCCUCUCACAUGGUAUAAGGCUGUUGUUGACCCUCCAUCAGGGAAUGAGCCUAUUGGACUAGAUAUGGUUCAUAUGGGAAAGGGCUUGGCUUGGUUGAAUGGAGAGGAAAUUGGAAGAUACUGGCCCAGGAAGAGCUCUAUACAUGAUAAAUGUGUUCAGGAAUGCGAUUAUAGAGGCAAAUUCAUGCCGAACAAAUGCAGCACAGGAUGUGGAGAACCAACACAAAGAUGGUACCAUGUUCCACGGUCUUGGUUCAAGCCAUCGGGAAACAUACUGGUUAUCUUUGAGGAGAAAGGUGGAGAUCCAACUAAGAUUAGAUUCUCGAGACGGAAAACCACAGGCGUCUGUGCUCUUGUUUCAGAGGAUCACCCUACAUAUGAGCUUGAAUCUUGGCAUAAAGAUGCAAAUGAGAAUAACAAAAACAAAGCAACCAUUCAUCUGAAGUGCCCUGAGAAUACUCACAUCUCAAGUGUAAAGUUUGCUAGUUAUGGAACUCCUACUGGGAAAUGCGGAUCCUACAGCCAGGGAGACUGCCAUGAUCCUAAUUCCGCUUCUGUGGUUGAAAAGUUGUGCAUAAGGAAGAAUGACUGCGCCAUAGAAUUAGCAGAAAAGAAUUUCAGUAAGGAUUUGUGUCCAAGCACAACUAAGAAACUUGCUGUGGAAGCAGUGUGCAGUUGAAACUACCAGUUCCAGCAGACUCGUGAAUUCAGACUACAUUGAGAACAUGGGUUUGGUGACAUUAUCAAGUAGAUUCUUAUUUUGAAUUAUUUACAUAGGUAGCAGAAAACACUGCUGUUUGGUCAAUUUUGAUAAUUGGGUUACAGUGUGUUAGACUGGCAUCAAUCAAGCCAACAUGGGCACAUUUUAUAGGCAUCAAAUGUGGAUUUGUUUCAUGGAUAAAAAGAGCUUCUAAGUGAGUUCUGAAAUUGGGUUUUCACUUCCAUAGUUAAAGACCUCAGAUAUAUAAAGCUUUGAUUUCAUGCAGCUUCUUCCUUUA